AUGGAUGAUGUCGAGGUACACAUUCUACCAUGUCUAAUUAAGUAUAAUGGAAGGACCGAUUUUAAAAAACGGUUUAAAAGUAAAAUAAAGAAGGUUCCAGAUCACGUUUCAGACGAUAAUUCAAUUCCAGGCGGGUAUGAACUUAAGGAACUCUGCGGAUACUCUGCGGACAAUGUUGAGUUUUCUGUAAAAGUAACGGAAAACUAUGUAAAAGAUGUGUACUAUCCCCUCAAGGGGACUGAUAAGUUCCUGAGGGAGAAGUACUACCUGUUCUUCAGGGGACGACAGCUGCGCGGAAGUGAGUUGGCACUGGACGAACUCGGGUAUAAGAUGAUUAUUGUGGAAGUGGACAAACCAGUUAAGGCGUCCGAAUUGACCAAACAUGACUGUGUGGAGUCGAAAACGCUGAGGAUGACCUCGAAGGUGUCCAGCGUAACGUGA